AUGUCCCGCCCGUACGAGCCACACCGCGCACACUCUGAUCCGCCGUUCAAGCGCCGCGGGCGGCAGGCGACAGCGUGUACAGAGUGCAACCGCCGUAAGCAAAAGGUGGGUGGGUGGUGGGGCUUGGCUUCCCGCAGCACUCACACACACGCCCAGUGCAAUGGCCUCCGCCCUUGCCACCACUGCUCACGCCGUAACCUCGGCGACGAAUGCCGCUUUCCCGACAGCCGCGCACUCAAGACACCAGGCACCUGGGGACCAGGUGGCAAGCACCCCCGGUCCGACGACGACGACGACCUCGACGACGAGGACUCGGAAGCCGAAGCAGGGAGCGGCGGCGGCGGUGGGGCGCACUCGUCCCGUGGCUCUGGCCACUCGCACUCGGGCAGCACGAGCAGCAUCUCUGAGGGGAUCCACGCCAUCUCCCCCGGAUCGCACCACGCGUCGCAUGCCGGCUCCAGCUCGCAAGGGGCAGCGGCAGGGGUACCGCCCGGAAUCGCGACCCCGCGGAACCGCGCGCAUCUGCACCAUCCAUCGCCGCUAGAACCAUUCCCGUUUCGGCGCCCCCAGCCUUCUCCCGGGCACGCGUUUGCCCUCCCGCUGUCCUUUGACCGCACUGAUCCGGAUGAGCGCGGCGUCAAGUGGAGCAAGGAUCCACCUGGGCCCAGCGGCCACCACCAGGAACGCGACACGCUGGCCAAGCAGCCCCAAAGUGGCACUGCCAAACACGACCACACAUUGAUGCAGGAGGGCGGUGCGCCGGGUAUCGGGUCGCUCGCGAUCGAGGGAAGUGGCGUUGAGCGCCAGUUUCAGUUCUACGGCACGAGUCACUUUGGCCCGCGCCUUGCGGCCCAGGUCAUGAACGUCGUUGGCAAGGUCACACUCAACAACAGCGCAGAUAUCAGCGACUCGCAGUAUGGACGCGGGCACAAGCGUCAGGCGCGGCGUUUCGGCGACCUCACAGCGGCGGUGACGGACGGGUCGAUGGUGUACCAUAUCCGCCAGCUAGACGGGCAGGUGCCCAACCGCUCGUUGUGUGAGCGAUUCACGCGCGCCUACUUUGACAAGUACAACGACCAAAUCGACUUUCUCUACAAGCCUGACUUUUGUGCAAAGUACGACACGUUCUGGCGGAUCCGUGGCGAGUUUGAGGACCUCAGCAAGAUUGAUAUCCGGUGGUUUGCGCUGUUCCACAUUGUCCUGGCCUUUGGCGUGCUCCUAGACAGGGAGGCGGACGAGUCGGGCGAUCUGCUCGAGGAGAGGGAGGAGCUGAGCCUCCGGUUGUUCCUGAGCGCCCGGCGCGCCCUCUCAGAGACUUCUAGCUUUUGCGGCGAGUCGGUCGACACUGUGCGGGCGUAUGGUUUGCUCUCGCUCUACCUCAUUGUCACGCGCCGUGUGCCAGAAGCAUGGCAGACGAUUGGGGCAGCGGCUCGCGCUGCCCAGGCGCAGGGAAUGCACAUUGACGGCGAGGUAUGGCGCAGCGUCGACGGCAAGGAGGCCGAGCUGCGUCGGAGGCUCUGGGCUCAGCUGUAUAUCCUCGAUCGCUCCAUCUCCCUCUUCCUCGGCCGCCCACUCGCGAUCCAAGACGGGGGCUUCACCAUCCGCCUCCCCGCCAACAUUGACGAUGACGAGCUCCCCUUGGUCCCGCGGCACAACUGGCCCCUGACGAAGAUCACGAAGUCGACCUUUUUGAUCCUGCACUACCGCCUCGCGCAGAUCAUUGGGCGCAUUCAGACCAACUGCUUCGGGCUCGGCAGGCGCGAGCACACCGAAGUCAUGGCAUGCGAGCGUCUCAUGCUCGACUGGUCGGCCAACCUACCGCCCGUGUUCCGGCUCGACGCCCCUGACAAGUCGAUGGACGAGGCGCACCCGUGGCUUGGAUUCCAGCGCCAGAGCCUGUCGUCAAAGUACUACCAGGCGAGGAUUUCCUUGCACCGCCCAUACCUCCUCACGCAGCUCAAUGACCCGGACAUGAGCUCCGAGCUGCGGACGUCGCUCGACGCGUGCGUCUUCAGUGCACUGGCUGAGCUCUCCCUCCGACUCAGCAUGCGCGAGGUCGACGCGGAUCCAUUUGACCGGUUCAAGUGGAUGACGGUCGCCUCCGGCUUCUCCCCCGCCACAGUCGUCGGCAUACUUCUCGCCUACCCCAAGCGUCUCAAGCAGUUCAACUACGCGCACAUCCGCGCCCUGUACACCGAGUACCUCGAAGUCGAGCGCAAGACGACACGGCGCGAUGAGUCCCUCGAGAAUGAGAUCCGCGUGCUCGACAUGAUCCUGCAACAUGCCGACGCCGUCGAAGGGGAGAUGGCGUCGAACGGGGGCGACCUGCCACGGUCCAGGAUCCACAGCCGUGCCACAACACCGGGCGGACUGCACUCCACCCUCUUGCCCUUCCCGGCCAGCACGGAUGACUGCGCAUUCCCCACCGCCGACAAUGUGCCCGCGUGGGCAAACCUCCUCGACCACCUCGGUGAGCCACCCCCCGAGCCGUCCCUCCCGUGGACUGGCCAGGUGUUUGACGAGUACCAGUGA